CAGAGCAGGUGAGGAAACAAUGAUAUGAGAUGAGCAGUAAAGAACACAGCCUGGCAGAAGACACUGAAAUUAAGUUUGAAAGCGGAACAUUUUGGAUUUUAACUACUGUUAAGAUGCGUACAACUGUGUUAUCUGUAGCCUUGGUGAUGCUGACAGGUCAUCUGAUAAAUGGCUUCCCUAUGCAGAACGGUAAGAUGAGAAGCCCCAGAGAAGCGUCAAACAAUUGCAGCGAUAGUUGUCCAGCAGGUUUUUUCAAAGAUGAUUGCAAAUGUCUUCAAUGCGACCCUGGUUUCUUCAAUAAUAGAGAGAAUGAAGACAGUUGCACCCGCUGCUUCCAGAGAUGCACAAAUGAAUUCAAAAUGGAGGAGGUCAAGGAGUGCACGACCACAUCAGAUGUAGUGUGUCGCUGUCAACAGGGUUAUACAUGUGCCUCAUACGAUCAGUACACAGGCCAGUGUGAAAGCUGUGUUCUCAUCAUCACCCCAGGCACAACCCCAGACCCUACCCCAGACCCCACCCCAUCACCUCAGUCCUACAUCUCUGCUGAUGUCGCUUCCGAGGUCCCUUCCUCCAUCACUUCUCCCAAAGGGAAAACUGACAGUCCAAUUGGUUACAAAGAUUACUUGGUAUGGACUUUAUUUGGACUCAUUUCCUCAAUGCUAUCCAUCAUCAUCCUCACGCUGUUCCUCCGGUUCUGCAGUAAGAAAGAGAAGGAAUGCUUAAAACACAUUGUCAGGCAGUGCUCAUUGGGAGGAGAUGUGGACAGUGAGGUCACACCUCCCAGCCAACCAGAUGAGCAGCCUCAUACCCAUGAAAUGUUGUCAGAUGUCUGCUCACCGACCAAUCACAACACAGAUCCUUUUCAUCAGCCAGUCAGCCAAGAGCAAGCUGUUCCUCCAGCUGGUAAUUUAGGUCCUCUUCACAUCUAUGGCCCCCAGACAGUUUUUGUUAGCUUGCUCAAUCAUUUUGCAGGCGAGCAAAAAGCACACGAACAGGGUGAAUCUCUAAACAGCAGUAACAUGUCCUACCCUCAGUCCCCCCCCGUUCAUCUCUCUGAAGAAGAAAGAAGCGGAGAGGACGAUUUCAUAUUCUUCCCAUCUCAGGAGCAAGGAAAAGAGUGCCACAUUUCCAAAGAAGAGAUGCUAUGAGGAAUCACAGGAGACUUCCCAUUUCCGUUCUUCUUCCGUACUGUUCUGCUGCUGUGCGCUUUGUUCUACCUGCUGCCUCAUGAGUGUUCAGUUUUAAAACUCUAAGCCUGGCAGGGGAUUUCAUUGAGGGCAACAAAGGAAGAUCUGGCCAUCUGACUAGUAGUAUGGAUGACAAAACUGAUGCGUAAGAACUUGGCGGUUUGUGCCAGCUUUGAAAUAUCAGUUCGUACAGUGUGUUUAUCUAUGCUGAAGUUUGUUUGAAGAGUGCACAGGCUUUCAGGUCUUAGGUUGGAUGAGUCUCAGGAAAGAAAAAAAGUGGAAUCUUUUUUUUAAGUGUUUCAAGGCAAUGUGCAGUUCUAAGACACUCAAAGAUUCUCAUAUAUGAUGAAAUAUUUAUUUUAGUUGAAGGAUCAUCACGAAGUUUGCCUGUAAAAUCUUGAUUUCUAAAGGGCCUUAAUAUGUUUUAAUUUUUAAGCUUGUUGUGUCUUGACUAAUGAUUUUUAUUUAUUUAUAUCUAUUACAAUUGUUAAAAAAAAAUUUAUGCUUGCACAAGUCCAUGGCUGACGUUGUCAUUCUACGUCCUCUUUUCUUUGAUUUUUAUGUGGCAGAUAAGAUCGAUCACCAAAAAAAAAAAAUCCCUGACAUUUUGAGGGUGGUCUGAAAAUGUCAACAUUGUUUCUCCUCUCAGAACUCAAUAAGCACGGCACACACAACGUUUAUCUUGUGUUAUGUUUUGUAUUUGCUGUAACAGACAUUUUUAUACCCGUUAUUAAGUGUAAAGUGCAAUAUAAUGA